GGAGUCGAUCGAUCCCAUUGUGAAAGAAGACCCGGGGUGAGUGAAUGCGUGGGGGUGAAGUAAGUGGAAGAAGUAUGCGGGUUGCAGUGGUGGGUUAUGGGUUUAUGGGGGUGUGUUGCUCCUGUUUUGUGUAUAUAUGUAUGUGUCUGCGUAUUUGUAUGUGAUGGACGAAUUCGCUUAGGGGUUGGAUGCAAAGUCGUGUAAGUUGACUAACACGACUCAACGAAGUGUGUAUAAGUGAUAUGCCUAUGUAAAAGGAUAGGAGAAAAUCGCAAAAAAUUGCAGAAUAAUGUGAUGCAAAGCCCAGAGAGUGCUUUCUCGUUGUAGGCGCUGGAUGGAUGCGAGUGAAAGUUCGAAUGGCUGCCUUGACGCCACUCGGCGCCGUGUAUAUACUUCGUGGCCGGAAUCGAUUCCGGCCUCAAGUGAGGGGGUGCACCAUUCACUCCGGCCACGGAGCAUGACACAAAGCAUCCCGUUCGCCGCCCGCCGCGCCCAUUCCAUUUCUGUUUGUCAUAUCAUCCUAGUCUACCUGGUCACACGGGCGUAUCUAGACAACCAAGACCAUGGGUUCGCUCCCCCCUUCUUGCCGGCCAAGCCCUUGCAUCCGCUCGUUGACCGUGAUAAGCGGCAUUGCUCUGCACCUCACAGGCUCCCGCAUCCCAGGUGCGCCCCAUCGUACACCCCAUAUGACCACCUGUCAUACUUCUUCUUCGGGAAAGACGCUGAGAACAAAUGCACAAAGUUUUUUCUCAGCAAUUACGAGGCUCUUCGUUGUCCGAGAUGCCGAGUUCUGUGGUUCUGUGGUUGAGUAAUGAACUUCGCUGGCCCCGCUUUUCUACCGAUAAUGGCCGGCGUGGCCGGAACCGUUCCGGCCUCUGGGAACACGGGCCCGGCCUAAAUGGUCUGAGACGCUAACAGGUUUCACACAG